AUGAAGCAUGUUAAAGCCCUACAAGUCAAUGUGCCAUUUGUAGAAACGAUGCUCAAAACACUCAAGUACUUCAACUUACUAAAAGGUCUCUUUGCUGCUAGGAAAGACUUGGCUGAAGUCGCAGAGAUAAUAUUGAGUGAGCUACCCGAAAAGAAGGGCGAUCCGGGGAGUAUCAUAAUUCCGUGCCAGUUUGGAAAUGCAUUUGUCACUCAAGCGUUGACCGACUUGGGUGCAAGCAUCAAUCUGAUGCCUUUCUCUUUCUUUAAGAAGCUGAAUUUACCGGAGCCAAGACCGGUAAACAUGAAGAUCCAUUUGGCAGACAAGACAACAAUUCAUCCACUAGGCGUUUGUGAGGAUCUUCUCAUUAAAGUCGACAAGUUCAUAUUUCCAGCAGAUUUUGUGGUGCUUGAUAUGGAAGAAGACCCCGAAAUUUCGAUUAUUUUGGGGAGGUCAUUUUUAAACACCGCAUGUGCUUUUAAUUGA